AUGAGAGUUGGUGUAGGGUCAGAGUUCCGCAUGGAGCGGGAGAUAUUUAAGGCUACAUCAAAUUAUCUUAGGCGGGAGGGUCUACUUCGUGACACACACGCUGUUAGAGUUGAGGAGCAAUUGGGAAUGUUUAUGUUCAUGAUCUCGCACAAUGCUAGCAAUGAAAGGAUGCAAAAGCUUCCUAGUUCCAACCAAACUCACCCCAAGAUUGCAUCGGACCCUCGAUUUUAUCCAUUCUUUAAGAAUUGCAUUGGUGCCAUCGACAGCACGCAUGUCCCAAUCACUAUUGCAGAAGAUAAAGCCCCCCGGUCUGCAUCAGAUGCUGGAGUCCUUAGGUCAGCUAUUACCAAGGGGUUUCACGUGCCAGAGGGCAAAUUCUAUCUUGUAGAUGGUGGGUAUGCAAACACACCAUCAUUCCUCGCGUCUUAUCGUGGAGUUCGGUACCACCUCAAUGAGUUUAGAAGGCGGCGCUCAUCCCGAAGAAGGGAAUAUGCAGAUCACAAGGAGCUAUUCAACCACCGCCAUGCAAUUCUCAGAAACCAUAUUGAGAGGGCUAUUGGGGUUCUAAAGAAGCGGUUUCAAAUUCUGAAAGUGGGUACACAUCAUCCCAUAGAAUCUCAGAUAAAGAUUCCAGCUGCAGCAGCGGUAUUUCAUAACAUAAUUAGAGGCCUAAAUGGAGAUGAGGAUUGGUUGGAUCACCAACCUACUUAUAUCCCACAAAUUGAUUAUGUUGAUCUGCCAGAGGGAGAUGACAACUAUCGAAAUGAUGUGGAGUCAGUGAGCUUACAAAUUGAUGAUGGGACUAUUCUUCGAGAUCAAAUUGCUAUACAGAUGUGGGACCAAUACAAUCAAAACCGGGCAUGA